CCGGCGGGAUGGGAGCAGCGGCGGCGGCCGGUGGCCGGCCCUGAGCCGCCCCCUCCGGCCCCACCGGCCCCGGGGAGCCCUGUCCCGGCCCGGCCAAGCCCGCCCCGCCCCGGCCGGGCCGCCCGGCGGGCGGAAGAUGCGGCGCACCGGGGGCCGGUAGUACUAUGAUUUGGUAUGUGGCCGCUUUGGUUGCAAGUGUGCUCGGCGCCCGCGGGGUGCCCGUGCAAGGUGCCCUCGGCUCGAGGGAGGAGCCCGAGUUUGUGACCGCUCGCGCUGGCGAGAGCGUGAUCCUGGGAUGCGACGUUAUCCACCCGCUCACGGGGCAGCCGCCUCCCUAUGUGGUGGAGUGGUUCAAGUUCGGCGUCCCCAUCCCCAUCUUCAUCAAGUUCGGGUUCUACCCUCCCCAUGUCGACCCGGGGUAUGCAGGCAGGGCCAGCCUGCACGACAAGGCAUCCCUGCGCAUUGAGCAGGUGCGCUCCGAGGACCAGGGCUGGUACGAGUGCAAGGUGCUGAUGCUGGACCAGCAGUACGACACCUUCCACAACGGCAGCUGGGUGCACCUCACGGUCAACGCUCCCCCCACCUUCACGGAGACGCCGCCGCAGUACGUGGAGGCGAAGGAAGGCAGCAGCGUCACCCUGACCUGCAUGGCAUUCGGGAACCCCAAGCCCAUCGUCACCUGGCUGAGGGAGGGAGAGCUGCUGGCCGCCAGCAGCAAGUACCAGGUGAGCGACGGCAGCCUGACGGUGCUCUCGGUCAGUCGGGAGGACAGGGGUGCCUACACCUGCCGAGCCUACAGCAUCCAGGGGGAGGCCGUGCACACCACGCGCCUGCUCGUCCAAGGCCCACCCUUCAUCGUUUCCCCUCCGGAGAACAUCACGGUCAACAUCUCCCAGGAUGCGCUGUUCACCUGCCAGGCCGAGGCGUACCCAGGGAACCUCACCUACCUGUGGUACUGGGAGGAGGAGAACGUCUACUUCAAGAACGACCUGAAGCUGCGGGUGCGGAUCCUGAUCGACGGGACGCUGAUCAUUUUCCGGGUGAAGCCAGAGGAUGCUGGAAAAUACACCUGCAUCCCGAGCAACAGCCUGGGCCGCUCGCCAUCCGCCUCCGCCUACCUGACGGUGCAGUAUCCUGCCCGCGUGGUGAACAUGCCCCCCGUCAUCUACGUCCCCAUCGGGAUCCACGGGUACAUCCGCUGCCCCGUGGAGGCAGAGCCCCCGGUCACGCUGGUCAAGUGGAACAAGGACGGGCGGCCCCUGCGCAUCGAGAAGUACUCUGGCUGGAACCUGCUGGAAGAUGGGUCGAUCCGAAUCGAGGAGGCAACCGAAGAUGCUCUCGGCACUUACACCUGUGUGCCUUAUAACGCCCUGGGUACGAUGGGCCAGUCUCCCCCUGCCCGACUGGUACUGAAGGACCCCCCCUAUUUCACGGUGCUACCAGGCUGGGAGUACAGACAGGAGGCAGGGAGGGAGCUGUUGAUUCCUUGUGCUGCUGCGGGAGACCCCUUUCCCAUCAUCGCCUGGAGAAAGGUAGGGAAGCCCAGCAGGAGCAAGCACAACACGCUGCCCGGCGGCACCCUGCAGAUCCGCUCCCUCGGCAAGGACGACCAUGGCGAGUGGGAGUGCGUCGCCACCAACGUCGUCGCAAGCAUUACUGCCAGCACUCACCUUACAGUCGUAGGCACAAGCCCUCAUGCCCCCACCAGUGUGCAUGUAGUGGUUGCCAUGACCUCUGCCAACGUCUCCUGGGAGCCCGGCUACGACGGUGGAUACGAGCAGACUUUCUCAGUUUGGUACGGCCCUCUGGUGAAGAGAGCCCAGUUUGGCCCCCACGACUGGCUGUCUCUCCCCGUGCCAGCUGGUUCCAGCUGGCUCCUGGUGGAUACCUUGGAACCGGAGACCGCGUACCAGUUCAGCGUCUUGGCUCAAAACAAGCUGGGCACCAGCUCCUUCAGUGAGGUGGUCACUGUGAACACUCUAGCAUUCCCUGUAACAACUCCAGAGCCUCUGGUGUUGGUUACCCCACCGAGGUGCCUCACAGCCAACCGGACACAGCAAGGCGUCCUCCUGUCGUGGCUCCCUCCUGCCAACCACAGCUUUCCCAUCGACCGCUACAUCAUGGAGUUCCGCGUCGGGGAGAGGUGGGAGAUCUUGGACGAUGCCAUCCUCGGGACCGAGAGCGAGUUUUUUGCCAAGGACUUGUCCCAGGACACUUGGUACGAGUUCCGUGUCCUGGCGGUCAUGCAGGAUCUCAUCAGCGAACCCAGUAACGUUGCUGGCGUGUCCAGCACAGACGUAUUCCCUCAGCCUGACCUGACGGACGAGGGUUUAGCCCGCCCGGUGCUGGCUGGCAUCGUUGCCACCAUCUGCUUCCUGGCUGCUGCCAUCCUCUUCAGCACACUCGCCGCCUGCUUCGUCAACAAGCAACGCAAACGCAAACUCAAGCGCAAGAAAGACCCUCCUCUCUCGAUAACCCACUGCAGGAAGAGUUUGGAGUCCCCGUUGUCUUCCGGCAAGGUGAGUCCCGAGAGCAUCCGCACGCUCCGUCCCCCCUCCGAGUCCUCCGACGACCAAGGCCCGCAGGCCAAGCGGAUGCUGAGCCCCACCAAGGAGAAGGAGCUGUCCCUCUACAAGAAGACCAAGCGGGCCAUCAGCAGCAAGAAGUACAGCGUCUCCAAGGCGGAGGCCGAAGCUGAGGCCACCACCCCCAUCGAGCUCAUCAGCCGCGGGCCGGACGGCCGCUUCGUCAUGGACCCAGCCGAGAUGGAGCCCUCCCUGAAGACGCGGCGGAUCGAGGGCUUCCCCUUCGUGGAGGAGACGGACAUGUACCCCGAAUUCCGGCAGUCGGACGAGGAGAACGACGACCCCGUCGUCCCCGCCUCCGUCACGGCCCUCAAAGCCCAGCUCACCCCUCUCUCCUCCAGCCAGGAGUCCUACCUUCAGCCACCAGCAUACAGCCCCCGGUUCCACCGGGCGCUGGAGGGUCCCGGCGCCCUGCAGCCCACCGGCCAGGCUCGCCCACCGGCCCCCCGGGCUUUCCACCACCAAUUUUACGGUUACCUCAGCAGCAGCAGCCCCGGGGAGGUGGACCCGCCACCCUUCUACAUGCCAGAAGUCAGCCCGCUCAGCUCGGUCAUGUCCUCCCCGCCUCUGCACCCCGAGGGACCCUUCGGACACCCCACCAUCCCCGAGGAGAACGGGGAGAACGCCUCUAACAGCACGCUGCCCCUGGCCCAGACCCCCACGGGGGGCCGGUCCCCCGAGCCCUGGGGCAGGGCCGAGUUCCCCUUCGGCAGCCUGGAGGCGUCCCCCGCGGCGUUCCCCCCCCAGCUCCAGCAGUGCGAGGCGGCCGAGGGCUCCCAGCCCACCGGUUGUCUUCCUCGGGGGCCGCCCCCUUCCUCUCUCCAGGUUGUCCCCGCGUCCUACCCGGGCAUCCUGCCCCUGGAGGCACCAAAGAGUUGGACUGGCAAGUCACCCGGCAGGGGCCAACCCUCCGUGCCCCCCACCACCACCACCAAGUGGCAGGACAAACCUAUGCAACCCAUGGGAUGUCAAGGGCAGCUAAGACAUACCAGUCAAGGUAUGGGCAUACCCGUGUUGCCUUACCACGAACCGUCCGAGCCCGUCGGCCACAGCGGCACAAGCACAUUCAGCCUGGACACCAGGUGGUACGAGCCCCAACCCCGACCUCGGCCCAGCCCUCGGCAGGUCAGGAGGGCUGAGCCCAGUUUACAUCAGGUGGUGCUACAACCUUCGAGGCUUUCUCCUCUGACCCAAAGCCCCCUCAGCUCCCGCAACAGCUCCCCGGAGCUGACCGCCCGCGCCCGGCCCCGGCCGGGGCUCAUCCAGCAGGCGGAGGUGUCGGAGAUCACCCUGCAGCCCCCCGCGGCGGUCAGCUUCUCCCGCAAGUCCACGCCGUCGACCGGAUCCCCCGCGCCGAGCAGCCGGGGAGAGAGCCCCAGCUACCGACCCACCACGGCCUUCACCCCCCUGGCCAGCGGCUAUUCAGGCUCCCAGGGCUCCUCCCUGCCCGCGGACACCAUGGAUGUUUUCGGAGACAUCCCUUCUCCGAGGAGGGCUAGUGAGGAGAUCCUCAGACCAGAGCCCACAUCGACAACGGUAGCCACCACGGGAAAACGUCCAUCUCCGUCCGGGGACGCUGCUGCACCUGAGAGGCUCGAAGCUCUGAAAUACCAGCGGAUAAAGAAGCCCAAAAAGUCAUCCAAGGGCUCCUCGAAAAACAGAAAACAAUCCAACGGCUCUGCCUCCCAGGUUCAGCACCUUCCCAGCUCUCAGGUACUGUGGCCUGACGAAGCUGUCUGCCUCCGCAAGAAGAAGAGACACCCUCGUCAGGACCCCUUCGCCCGCCUCUCGGCGCUCAAGGACGACCUCUGCCACCGGCAGCUCCCCGAAGACCAGACAGCCAUCCUCAACAGCGUGGACCACGACGACCCCAGCGGGCACGCCACUUUGCUUUAGCCUCGCGCCGGCCCAAGAAGGUUAAAAAAAAUAAUAAUAGGGGUUUGGAGGGAGCUGGAGCCUCGUCUGCGUGCACGCCGGGCCGGGGGGUCAUGGCAAGGAUGAGCUGGGGGGGACCCUGGGGUGGGCUGGGGUCCAGGGGGGAUGCCUGGGGCUGCUCUGAUCUGCAUCUCCCCCUUACGGCUUCAGGGGGGUGGGCAGGGGGUGUUGCAUCCUUGGUUUCGGAAAAGAUCUCCAGAUGUAAAAGGCACAGGCGGAGCUUUUGACAUCUGCUUCUGCAGCGUGCGUGUAGGUAGAAAUUGUGGAGUUAAGCAGCUGGCCCUGAAUCGCUGGAAGAAAUGACGCGGGGCGUAAUUAAUUGACAUGAAACUACCAGUCCAACUAACAACUGGUAAUCCCCUGAAUCUGAUUAUGAUAGAAUGAGACCAAAUAAUCCCAGGAAAGCUGUAAUUGUGAAAAUCUCCUUGCCUCCCCCUUCCCAGCCUCCCUUUAUGUGAAGAUAACAGCAACAACAAUGUCACUGACAUCUUCCCUUACCGAUCUCUGAAAGGGAAAACCAGAAAGACCCCAAGGCUUCAAACCAGCCUGAGAUUGAGAAAUCACAAUCUGUCUGUGCAUAUGUGCUUUAACCUUGUUAACGUGUGCCGAACACUUUGCAAGCACGCAGGUACGGGCCUGUUUUCACCCGCGGGUGAGCAUGGCUUGUGUCAGCCUAGAUGAGGGUGGUUUUGCUCAAUCCUUCCUGACACUCCGUGUAUCACUAGCAAAUGUUCUCCAGUGCCGUGCAGUGAUGUGAUUUCGUCCUACGGUAACGUUUGUCAUCUUUAUCCGUAACUGCAGAACGGGGCGACGCCGUUGUAGGGGUGCGAGCGAGCGGGGUUGGGCUGCGUAGACCCCAAAGCCUCUCGUUGGCAGCUCGCUGAUCCCGAGCGAGGGCGGCUGGGAAGUGCCCGGCUCCGUGGCUCACGGCGGACGGCUUCUCCGAGCAGCCUCGCAAAGCUCAGCCCAGCAUUUCGCAUCGGUCUGACCCGUGGUGCUGCUGGUUUCGCUGCGUGCCCCUUCCUCCUGCUUCAGCCCAGCUGCCCAGGCGACCUGCGACACCUGCUUUGGGACUUGUCCCUCUCUUUGCCCCGUCCCAGGAGCCCCGCUGUUCCCCUCGUGGUAAUGCUGUCCUAACUCUUCACCAGAAUGUAUUUCCUCUUCCUAGGGCAGGUUCCUUUUGGCAAUUGACGUUUCUCUGGGUUACGUAGGCCUUUUUUUCGGCAGGGAAGCUGUAGCCUGCUCCAAGAACCACCUGGCUUCGGCUUCUCUUCCCUGCUCCGCCUCCACUCUCAAACUGCGUGGCCUUGGGCAAGUCACCGAGCCUCUCUGUGCCUCAGUUCUCCCAUCUGUAAAAUGGGGACAAGUCAUAUUUCAGCACUUUUGUCAAGGCACUUGGCUGUCUAGUGGGCUGCCAGUGCUACCUGCGUACUGAGUGCUAUUACUACCACGUGAACCCUACCUUCAAAAUAGUUAGAGAUAUUUUUUUUGAAGUGGUAAGAUCGAACACUUAAUUCAGGUUUGCACACUUCUUCCUCUCUGGUAAAGUGCUAAACCCGCCAGCCUGCCUGGGAAUAAAUACCAAGUACUUCCUGUGGAUAUCCUUGCUUUAAGUGGAUUCAGGCUGUGGAGAAAUUGUCAGGAGAACCCAAGAGCCUGUAGGCAUUUUUUUUUGCCAUGGGCUUGCCAUUUGCUUACAAAACUUUAGUUUAUUCCCAGGUAGAACUGCCAAGAGAUGCUCUGCAAUCUCGCCUUUAAUUGUGGUUUGCCUUGGUUAUUGCUCUUGCUGCUGGUUGAACCUCAAAGGGCUUCGAUGUUUGGAGAAACGCGCGAGCUCUCGCCUGCCUGGCCAGGGCGAGGGGUCGGGGGACGGCAAUGCCAACAAGCCAAACUCCCCAGGAGGUUCUAGGUAGAAAUCUGUUCGUCAGUCUGCCUAGAAAUUGCUGUUUCUCCAGGAUGUUGUGCUUCCUCUUCCAUCGGGAUGUUCGGAAACCUGCGACAGUGGCAGCAGAGCACCGCGUCUUUCCAAAUCUCAAAGCCCUGCCUUAGGUUCAAACCACUUGACAGAAUCCUCUAAUCGAUAAGGAGAUAUUUUCAAGCUUUAACAACUUCAUUUAGGUGGUCUUCAAACCGUGAGCAGAUUUGUCGAUUUGUCUCGGGAAGGAGGGAGGGUUGCUCAGAAAUGCCUCUCUCCCUAAGCCUGCAUCAGGGCUCUUUUUUUAUUUCGAGAACCUCGUGACCUGAUGUAAUGCCAUCAACCACCAGAGCGAGACUUCGACUUUGCUAACAGUAUGACCGAGUGUUUCUUUUAUUUGAGUGUGUUUUAGGGCUUUACCUAGAAUCCACUUGGAUCUGAAUUGAUUUAAUGCCAUUUGCCCGUUCGGCAGUGGGAAAAACUCUGCCUGGGUGACUUCAGCUCCCUGGCGUGGGUGCGAGAGGAGCUGAUUUCUGCCCCAGACCGUGGCUGAUGUUGCAGCGGAGAGGACACGGGGCCGUGGGGGGCCGCAUCCAGCCUCCCUGAGGAUGCCCGAUGGGGCGAGCGGGUGCCUCGGUCGUGGACGUGAGCCCCACAGGUGACGUUCACCCCGCGCGGGGCCGGGGACGCUCCGCGGCGCGAUGCCCCGCUGGGUGGGGGGUGCGUAGGCUCCGUGCCGCAGCUUGCUCGCUCGUCCUUUCGCUCUCGUGGCCUGGACCUCUCUAGCAGAAAGCUUCCUUUUUUCCUUCGAGUACUUUCCAAGCUAUUUGCGAUGCCCGUUUGUUACGGGCGAGGCAGCGUCUUCGGGCUCUUGAGGUUUUGACCUCGGGACCGUGCCCCCGUCCCCGCCGUAAGGAGGAGGAUUUGGAGCGCAGGGAAGGUUGACGGAGCGCGCCAGCUUGCUUGGUCAAUCUUUUGAGAGUUUGUUUUCCUUUUUGCAGGUGUUUUGAGCCGAUGGGCCCCCCUGCUUUUCAUGGUCUUCGACCUUUAAAGGCUGGAGCUGCAGCCCUCUCUCUUUCAGCCGUGUACCUGCCACGCUGCUGGAGUGGGAAAUCCCGCCAGGGCGCCUCGUGGACGCGUCUCUUCCCUAAACCAUCCUUACCUCCUUUCCCCGCUAGACCGAGUUACCUUCUGAUAGACUCUUGCCACGUGCUGGGCCGUGCUUUGGCAGAUGGGCUCGCCUCUUGCUUUGGCAACUUCCUCGCUUCUCCCAGCUCUCUGGUUUCCAUGCCCUUACGGGGUUUCUCUCCUCUCCUCUCCUCCCGCGGACCUGGGACAUCGAAGCUGUGCCAGACGAUGCCAAACGUUUUCCCCCAUUCCAUCCCUGUUUGAACUCCGUUUUGUUUUGGUUGUUUGCAAACACGGCUGCUGCUGCUUUUUUUCCUUUUUCUUUCAUGCUGCAAAAUAUAUCUUGAUUUUUUUUAUCUUCA